AAUGUUAUGUUAGUCGGCAAUAUUUGAGCUACGCACUCAAGUGAAACAUGCUACCUUACUAAAGCUAACCGGACAUAUUUUGCUUAGCGUUAGCUUCACGCUGGUUAGCUUGACGGUGGCUAUCCCGGCGAUAAGGAAGUUAAUCUUCACGUUUUUUGGACCAAAUCCCAACUUCUCUGUCCUGUGACUCCUGAGCCCUGCCACACAGCUGGAGGGGCUACGGCAGAGCUCAGAGGAGACUUCAAAGCAGCUGCUGACUGUGAGUGUGGAGGAUGUCUUCUUCUUCAUCAUCAUUAUUCUUCAACCAAGACAGUGUCACCCGCUUCAAGAAGAGAAAAGCCCGGUUCUCAUUCAGCGAAGUCCACAUACUGUUGGAUGAAGUGAGGAAGCAUCGAAUGGUUGUUGUGGGCAAAUUCAAUCGUGGUGUACCAACAGAUGUGAAGAAGCACACAUGGGCAGAGAUUACCGCACGUGUCAAUGAGAUCGGAGAGUGUCAACGUGAAGUCAUUGAGGUCAUCAAGAAAUGGUCAGACCUCAAGUGUGACACCAAGCGGAAAGUGGCUGCCAUGCGGUCAGGGACAGUACCCAAUAGGGGCCUCAACUCACGUCUUUCCCGAGACCUUAACCAGACAGAGAAAAUAGUGCUUCAGAUCCUGGAAAUGGGCAACGAACACCAGAACAUGGGUGACUUUGGCCCUCUGGGAGAUGAUGACGAUGUGCCAGAUGAGGAGGAAGAAAUGGAAGAGGAAGAUAUGAUGGGAAUGCAGAAUUCUCCAAACGGAGGGUUGGACAUGUCAUCUAUGCCUCCACCAACCUCUUACUCCAUUGGUGGACUUGCACAGUCAGGAGACUCAUCACAACCUUCCUUCGAUGUGCAGUAUGAAGUACCUUCCAUGGAAGACGCUGAUGCUGCAUUUGCAGACUCAGACGAUGACCAAAGGGAUGACGCACUUCCUUCCACUCUGGCAUCAAAACCAACAGAGGACCAUCUAGGAAACAACGGCAUCCAUAAACAAGGACGACCUCAGACGCCCUCCGGACCUUCAACCUCAACAGCCACUCCUUCGCUGCCAGGUCAUUCCUCACAGAACAUGAGGGACAGCAUCCUGAAUAGUGCAUCGCUGAGCCUUCAGGAGCAGCACGCCACCAACAUCCUGCUCGAGACGGUUUCACGCUCCCUGGAACUCCUGUCUGAGUCGGUGCAGCAGCUGGCGGAGACUCAGCAGGAGUUUGUGCGGGAGUCGCUGCAGCUCCAGCGGGAGACGGUGCAGGUUCUCAGAGACUUCACGGGUGGAGCCAUUGCGCUCAUGCAUGACAAACUGAACGGACGGCCAGCAUUAUAGCAAUAAAGCUUCAGAGUUGUAAAGUUGUAUCACUGACUUCAAACAUGGCCUUCAGGCGCAGGAUUUUUUUAAGUUCCUCUGGACUCCAUUGCUGGUUACUGUAAUUUUGGAUAAUCCUCAACAGAUUUUCCUUGGCUAUAUUUUAAAACGGAAUUCAUCGAAAUGUAUCGAUGGCAUCUCCGUGGUUACAUGAAAAGGAUAAAGUGUUCGUUAUAAAGAAAGAUCAUGUGGAGGAUUUUUUUUUUUGCUACUGAAAGUGAGACUCCUUCCACUUGCAUUGUAAAACAUUUUUUAUUAAGCGUACACCACUUUUAAAGCCUUUACAUUGUUUUAAUAUUGAGAUUCAAAGGAUGACUCUAAUUUUAAAAAGUCAGUUAAAUCCACGUGUGUUUCCUUGUAUAAGUUGUAGCUUUCUCUUGCAUCAGUGUCUGGAGAUAAUCACAUGUACUGUAAUGGUAAGUGGAUUUCUGCACCUGACCAUUAUAUGGUCCAUUUUGAAAGGCUAAACAAGGUGUGUUAAAUAGUUGGAAAAUACCUGUAACUGAAUACUUUAUGACUGUCUCAUUUAGUUUUUUUUUACUUUACAAACAUGGACACUUGAAUAUGAAAGUUUAAAUAAUUAUUUUCAAUCAUUGAAUAAACUACCCAUGCAUUUAAACAGACCAGAAUUCCGACGUAAUUCAGAUAUCACAUCAUCAAAUCAAAUGCCCUUGAAUGGUUGAUCAUAAAAAUGUCAAGCUCAACUGAAGAUGGUACAUUGGAAAUUAAAAAAAAUAUGGAUUGCUUCACAGACUGAUUGUUUAAAUAAACCCAUGAGAGGAACCUUUAUAAAGUGUAAAAAAAGUGUUUUCAUUGUCAUCAAAUACCAUCGAAAGACCAAAAACUAGUAAACCAAAGUAUUGUCUGUGUGCUGUGCCCUCUGCCCUCUAGUCCUUUUCAUUGUUGUACAGAAACUAUUAAAACACAUU